AUGUUUCUCCUCGCCACAAUCUCUGAUCUUGUUCAGAUCAGACCAGAAGAUUUCUCAAAAUUCAGCGCAGUAGCUAUUGAGGAUAACAUCAACGAGAAAUACGCCAACAAAGUAAUUCAAAAAAUUGGAUUAUGUAUUGGAUUCUAUGAUCUACUCAAAUCUUCCGAUGGGCUAAUCGGCCACGGCACUGGUUUGGUUAACGUAAAUGUCACAUUUCGAAUCAUAGUCUUCCGCCCCUUCAAAGGCGAGAUCUUACUCGGAAAAAUCGCCAGCUCAUCCGAAGAAGGACUCAAGAUACAUAUGGAAUUCUUUGGCGACAUAUUCGUGCCGGGCACUUUACUUUUUGAGGGAUCCCGAUUCGACCUUGGAGAAAACCUCUGGCUCUGGCAAACCGAAGCGCCUGAUCCAUAUUGGUACGACAUUGGAGAAAUAGUCCGGUUUCGCGUAGAAUCGGAAGAGUGGCAUGAUCAGAGACCUACAGGGCCUGAUAGGGCGGAGGCGCAGACAGCGGCGGAGAAUCAACCUCCAUAUUCGAUACGGGCUUCUAUGAUGAUGGAGGGUUUGGGAUUGAUUGCCUGGUGGGAUCACUUCGAAGAAGCCGUUGCAGCGCUCGAACACGCCCGCUACGCACUCGCCUUCUCCUCCGGCUCCGCCACAACAGCGACAAUCCUGCAAUCCCUCGCCGCGGGUUCACACGUCGUUUCCGUAUCCGACGUCUACGGCGGCACGCAUCGCUACUUUACCAAAGUGGCCGCCGCGCACGGCGUCAACGUGACUUUCACUCCCACGCUCGAAAUCGGCACCGAAGCCAUACUCAAACCAGACACAAAACUGAUAUGGAUUGAGUCACCCACAAACCCGACAUUGAGUCUGGUGGAUAUUCGUGAGGUUACGAAUAUCGCACACAGGCAUGGUAUAUUGGUCGUGGUGGAUAAUACGUUUAUGAGUCCUUAUAUUCAGAAUCCGUUGGAUCAUGGAGCGGAUAUUGUCGUGCAUUCGGUCACGAAGUAUAUCAAUGGACACUCUGACGUCCUCAUGGGUGUCGCAGCCUUCAACUCUCCCGAACUCAAAGACCGCCUAACCUUCCUUCAAAACGCCAUCGGCGCCGUACCCUCCCCCUUCGACUGCUGGCUAGCCCACCGCGGCUUGAAAACUCUACACCUGCGCGCGCGUGAAGCAACCAAGAACGCAACCGCCGUCGCCAAGGUUCUCGAGGCCUCUGCACUCAUCAAAUCAGUGAACUACCCGGGCAUCGACUCGCACCCUCAACGCCACAUUGCCAAAAAGCAACAUCGCGAUGGUAUGGGUGGCGGUAUGCUCAGUUUCAGAAUCCACGGCGGUCACGCUGCUGCUGAAAGGUUCUGUCAGAAAGUGCGCGUCUUUGUGUUGGCGGAAUCUCUGGGUGGGAUUGAGUCUCUGUGCGAGGUUCCGUCGAGCAUGACGCAUGCGGGUAUUCCGAAGGAGCAGCGAGAGGCCGCGGGCGUGUUUGACGAUUUGGUGAGAUUGAGUUGUGGCAUUGAGGAUGCUGAUGAUCUUACGGCGGAUAUUUUGCAAGCGUUGGAGAAGUCGGUUGCGCCAAAUGGUGCUUGA